CCUUCCUUUCCAUCCCAAAGUUUCAAACUUUCCGUUAUUGAAUAUCACAUUCAAACAAACAAUAAAAUACAAAAAAAAAAAAAUCCCUCUCAUCUCAUCUCCCCCUACCUCCAUAACCUCUGCAUCUCCACAGCGCCCCCUGUUUCUUUGUCCUCUUCCUUCAGAUUUUCACGAGCCCCCUCUCUCUCUCCCACAAUCCCUUUCUUUAAUUUGUUCAGUUUCCCCUUCGUCUUUUCAAAAAAAUUGCCGCUUUCCCCUUCCACUUUCUGCUACUUCUCUCUCAGCUGUUACAAAAAUAUUUAACCAGCCUUCCUCUGGUUCGUUCGUUCUUUCCAACUCCCCAAAACGGCUACCCUUUUCCUCCCUCUUUCAAGGUUCCACUUUUGACCCUUUUCCCCUCUCUAUGUAAGUAACCCGCUUUCUUUCUGGGUUUCACUGAUUCAUUCUCUCUUUGUGCUCUGUUUCUCCUUUCCUUCUUCCUCUCCCCUGUUUUUUUCUCUUCUAGUAGAGAGGGGGAAGAAAUUGAGAGAAAAUGGGUAAAGCUGCUAGGUGGAUCAAGAACUUGUUUGGGAUAAAACCAACAACCAGAGGGAGUAAAGAUAGCGAUGAGGGCAAAGAGAAGCGAACUGGGUGUGGCGGAUUCGGGCAUUCUGUGAAGGAUUCGGGGGAGUCGUUGUGUCGAAAUCCGGCAACCAUCCCACCGAACAUUUCUCCGGCGGAAGCCGCGUGGUUGAAGUCUUAUUACUCUCAGACGGAGAAGGAGCAGAGCAAGCACGCCAUUGCGGUUGCUGCUGCCACCGCUGCCGCGGCGGAUGCCGCCGUCGCGGCUGCCCAGGCUGCCGUCGCUGUCGUCCGGCUCACCAGCCACGGCAGGGGCACGAUGUUCGGCGGCGGCAGCCACGAGCGGUGGGCUGCUGUCAGGAUUCAAACCGUGUUUAGAGGUUUUUUGGCGAGAAAGGCGUUGAGAGCUUUGAAGGGAUUGGUGAAAUUACAGGCGCAUGUGAGAGGUUAUUUAGUGAGGAAACAAGCGACGGCAACUCUUCACAGUAUGCAAGCUUUAAUCAGGGCACAAGCCGCUGUUAGGUCUCAGAGAGCUGCUGCGCGGAAUCGAUUGGAAAUUCGAGCUCGGAAAUCAAUGGAGAGAUUUGACGAGAUGAGAAGCGACCAUUCAGCUUCAGUCCACCACAGUCGGAGGCUCUCUGCUCCUCUAGACGGCGGAAUGAUAAUCGACGCCGGCAGCAAUCUCGCUGUCGCCGAUGAAACGCCGAAGAUUGUGGAGAUGGAUACAGGGAGCAGGCCCAGGUCGCGAUCUCGACGAUGUACAAACAUCUCGCCUUCCUCUGUUCCCGAUUUCGGCGACGACCCGCCGCCGCCGGUGUUUGUGCACUACCCUACCACUGUGUCUUCUCCGCUUCCGUCGCGGGUGCCUCACCGGCUGUCGAUCCCCGACCACCGGAACUUCCACGACUACCCAUCUUCCGACUGGGGGCUGACCGGCGACGAGUGCAGAUUCUCCACGGCCCACAGCACCCCUCGGUUUCUGAACCCGGGGGCAGGGUGCUGCGGCGGCGGUGGCGACGGGGGAGUCAACAACGCGCCGGCUCCCUUGACGCCGGCGAAGAGCAUCUGCGGUGGGGAGAAUUUCUUCCGGUCGCCGUACGGCGGCUACCACCCAAACUACAUGGCGAACACGCAGUCGUUCAGGGCGAAAUCGAGGUCCUACAGCGCGCCGAAGCAGAGGCCGGAGCCGGUGUCGGCAGGGACGCCGACGGCGGGGAAAAAGAGAGUGUCUUUGAACGAAUUGCUGGAGUCGAGGAGCAGCUUGAGCGGGGUGAGGAUGCAGAGGUCGUGUUCAAAAGCUCAGGACGCCAUUAAUUUCAAGAAUGCGGUGAUGGGGAAGCUUGAUCGGUCGUCGGAUUUCGGCAGGGAAAGGGAGGUUUUGCAAUUACAGCAGAGAUGGUGACGAUAUGAUUGUUAAUUAGGGUUAUGGUGAUGGUGGAUUAACAAAGGAGAAAACUGUAACGGUCACCUGAUUAGUGAUUGAAUAGAGUUUUAUAUAAAUCUUCCCCCAUUAAUGUUGGAGCUGC